UUCAAUUUUAUAUAUUAUUAUUUAUAUUUACUAAAGCAAAAAUGGAUAAAGCAAAAAUACGAAAAUUAAUAUCAAAACGUUGCUUAUCAAUCAUCAGUCAGGAAUUAUUGGAUUUGAUAAAAGAAGAACAAGAAAGAAAGAAAAGAAUUUGGAUAAGAAAAUGGAUGGAACAGAGAAGUACACAUGGUGUUAGUAAUUUACUUUUAAAUGAACUAGUAGAAAACGACAUUGCUGAAUUUACCAACUGUAUGAGGAUGUCUCCAACUAUGUUUCAUACUUUACUUGAUAAAGUUUAUUCAAGAAUUCAAAAAUGUGAUACUAUCUUGAGAGAAGCUAUUCCAGCCAAAAUAAAAUUGCAAGUGACACUGUCAUUUUUAGCUACAGGAAAUAGUUAUAGAAAUCUCCAACAGUCAUUUCGAGUAUCCAAAGCUGCAAUCUCAAAAUUUGUUCCUGAAGUGUGCGAUGCAAUUUAUGAACACUUGCAGGAUUUUUUACAGGUACCAGACUCAGAAGAAAAGUGGAAAAACAUUGAAAAAGGAUUUAAUACAAGGUGGAAUUUCCCAAACUGUUAUGGUGCUAUUGAUGGGAAACACAUAAAUAUUCGUGCACCAAGUCAUUGUGGAAGUUUUUAUUUUAACUAUAAAGGAGUAAAUAGUAUCGUAUUAAUGGCAAUUGUAGAUGACAAUUAUUGUUUUCGCUACAUAGAUAUUGGCUGUAACGGAAGAGUAUCAGAUGGUGGCGUUUUCCAAAAUUGUGCAAUAUUUACUGCACUGGAAAAUAAUAUACUGCCUGAUGGAGGGUUUAUUGUAGGAGAUGAUGCUUUUCCAUUAAAAACAUACUUACUUAAACCCUAUUCGCGAAAACAACUGACAAAAGGUGAAAAAAUUUUUAACUACCGAUUAUCUCGUGCGAGACGAAUAGUAGAAAAUGCAUUUGGGAUUUUAGUCAGUAGAUUCCGAAUUUUUGAAAAACCUCUUUCUUGUGAAGUCUCAACUGCUGAUAAAAUUGUUAGAACGUGUUGUGCAUUACACAAUUGGCUGAGAUCGGAAUCGGUAUCGUCAUACAUGCCCAGGGGAUCAGUUGAUGAAGAAAACAUUGAUGAAGGUAUAAUAACUGAAGGAUCAUGGAGAACACAAAGUUAUUCUAGUUUUUUGCCAAUUGCUAAUUCAAGAAGUAAUCACUCUUCACAAGCUGCUAGAGAUUUAAGGGAUAAAUAUCAGGAGUAUUUUUUAAACGAGGGAUCAGUAUCAUGGCAAGAAAUGAUGAUAUAUUAAUUAUUAAUGUCAAAAUUAUAACUAUAUAAUAUUAUUAUAUAUAUAUAUUAAAUUAAAAAUAAUAUA